GCCGCCGCCACCGCCACCGCCGGGGCCAGGAGGGCGCAGCGCCGGAGGCGGGUCAACCUGGACUCGCUGGGCGAGAGCAUCAGCCGCCUGACGGCACCCUCGCCUCAGACGAUUCAGCAGACUCUCAAGAGGACGUUGCAGUAUUAUGAGCAUCAAGUUAUUGGUUAUAGGGAUGCAGAAAAGAAUUUCCACAAUAUCUCUAACAGAUGCUCCUAUGCAGACCAUUCCAACAAAGAGGAAAUUGAAGACGUCUCAGGAAUUCUUCAGUGUACUGCUAAUAUACUCGGUUUGAAGUUUGAGGAAAUUCAAGAAAGAUUUGGUGAGGAGUUCUUUAAUAUAUGCUUUGAUGAGAAUGAGAGAGUCCUUCGAGCUGUCGGUGGCACAUUGCAGGACUUUUUCAAUGGCUUUGAUGCUUUGUUGGAACACAUUAGAACUUCUUUUGGAAAACAGGCCACUCUGGAGUCACCAUCAUUCCUAUGCAAAGAGCUCCCUGAAGGUACACUCAUGCUCCACUACUUCCACCCUCACCACGUUGUGGGGUUUGCAAUGCUGGGGAUGAUUAAGGCUGCAGGAAAGAAGAUCUAUCGGUUGGACGUGGAAGUGGAGCAAGUUGCGAAUGAGAAACUGUGCUCUGAGAGUUCAAACCCAGGCAACUGUAGCUCUCUUACUUUCCUUAUCAAAGAAUGUGACAAUACUAAUACCACGAAGAACCUUCCACAAGGAACCUCCCAAGUUCCCGCGGACCUCAGAAUUAGCAUCAGCACCUUCUGCAGAGCCUUCCCUUUCCACCUGAUGUUUGAUCCGCACAUGUUAGUCCUCCAGCUGGGGGAAGGCCUGAGGAAGCAGCUCCGAUGCGACACUCACAAAGUGCUCAAAUUUGAGGACUGCUUCGAGAUCGUUUCUCCAAAGGUCAAUGCCACCUUUGAAAGGGUCCUGCUGCGACUGUCCACCCCGUUUGUGAUUAGGACCAAGCCUGAGGCUUCUGGCACUGAAAAUAAAGACAAGGUGAUGGAAGUCAAAGGACAAAUGAUCCAUGUCCCAGAAUCAAAUUCCAUUUUAUUCUUGGGCUCUCCGUGUGUGGACAAGUUGGAUGAACUCAUGGGCCGGGGACUGCAUCUCUCAGAUAUCCCUAUCCAUGAUGCCACCCGUGAUGUCAUUUUGGUUGGCGAGCAGGCAAAGGCCCAAGAUGGCUUGAAGAAGAGGAUGGAUAAGUUAAAAGCAACUUUAGAAAGAACUCACCAGGCUCUAGAGGAAGAGAAAAAGAAAACAGUGGAUCUUCUGUAUUCUAUUUUCCCUGGCGAUGUGGCCCAGCAAUUGUGGCAAGGGCAACAAGUGCAGGCCAGAAAGUUCGACGAUGUCACCAUGCUCUUUUCGGACAUUGUUGGCUUCACAGCCAUCUGUGCCCAGUGUACCCCCAUGCAAGUGAUCAGCAUGCUGAAUGAACUGUAUACCCGAUUUGAUCACCAGUGUGGAUUUUUGGAUAUUUAUAAGGUGGAAACAAUAGGUGACGCAUACUGUGUUGCUGCAGGACUCCACAGGAAAAGCCUGUGCCAUGCUAAACCCAUUGCCCUGAUGGCCCUGAAGAUGAUGGAACUUUCAGAAGAGGUCCUGACACCCGAUGGAAGACCCAUUCAGAUGAGGAUAGGCAUUCACUCAGGCUCUGUGCUGGCUGGAGUUGUUGGAGUAAGAAUGCCACGAUAUUGCCUGUUUGGAAAUAAUGUCACUCUGGCAAGCAAAUUCGAAUCAGGAAGUCACCCUCGGCGCAUCAAUGUCAGCCCAACCACGUACCAAUUAUUAAAACGGGAAGAAAGUUUCACAUUCAUCCCUCGGUCCCGUGAAGAGCUUCCAGACAACUUUCCAAAGGAAAUCCCUGGGAUCUGCUAUUUCCUGGAGGUAAGGACUGGUCCUAAGCAGCCAAAGCCUUCUCUUUCUUCAUCGAGAAUCAAAAAGGUUUCCUACAACAUCGGCACCAUGUUCCUCCGGGAGACGAGCCUCUGAGACCCGCUACAGAUCAAAGACUCCUCCAAAAGCACAAGCCCAGAGCGUGGGUCGUGACAGGAGACUGGAAAGAGAUCCUCUUUCACUGCUUUGUUGAGAACAAGCAGCGGAAUUUCUGUUUUGUCAGGCAAUAAUCUUAGAAAACGGUGGGUGAUGACUGUCAAUAAAAAAAACAGAGGGUGGGGGUGGGGGGGUGGGGGGAAUAAGGCGUGUCUAUCCAUAUGAGUGUUUUUGGUCAUAUAUAUUUUUUAAUUACAAGUAUGAGCCACCUUUCAAAGCUAACUAUAAAUAGAUACCAUGUUUUCUUGUUUGUCACACAUACAUGUAUGUUUCCCUAUAUAUUUAUAUCACCUUUGAGAUCCAGUUUUGAUUAUAUACUCCUGCAUUUAGUGAGUUGGUAUGUGAAGAAUAUUUUCUAAUUUUGUUUUUCUGAACAGACAUUUCAUACAUAUAUCAUGGCAGUGUGGUAAACUUCCUGGCAGGAAGAACUGCAAUUCAGCAAAAUAUUUUAGGGAUAUUACCUAUUUUUAUACAUAUCUCUUCUUUUAGAUAAUUACAUUUCACACAUUAUUAGAUUUUCAGAAUCUGCUACUGUAUAGUUGGUAUAUUAUGUAACUCUAACCUAUUAAUUCAAUAUAGUUUUAGUUAUCUAAAGACAUUAGUGCGUGGACUAAGAACACAUAUAACCAAGGAUUUCAGAUGCUGAGAAAGCAUUGUUCGUCUGCUUAGUAAAUAUAUCUUUUAGAUUUAAUUAAAGUAGCAUGGAAUCCAGAGGAAAUGGAAUUUCCUAAUAGUAGUUACAUCUGUCACCAAGAAAGGUCUUUUUGCCAUCUUAUAUCAAAUAUCAGUUAAAAUAAAAUGCUCUCUACAUUGGACCCCUUUCAACUGAACACUUACAAAUACAAGUCGUUUUUGCACCAUACUAAACUGUGUUCUAAUAGAAGGCAUCCUAGUAAAUGACAUGUUGUACUCUCCUUCCCGCUCCCUCUCCCUGAUGGAUACCUCCCUAAGGCCUCUCUUGGGAGCAAAUUCCUGGAUACUGGCAUUAGUGAGAAAGAGGUGCCAGACAUUUUGCCAAGAAUGUUUCUUCUUGCAUAAUAAAAAGCAAAGAGAAACACCUAUUUUUAUGGCUUUGAGAUUUAAAAAAAAUGUUCUUGUGCAGGUUGAUUAAUGUGGCUUUUAAAUUCAGUGAAUCACCUUCAGAACACCGAAGCAGGUCUAACCUUCAGACUAGUAAUCACCAUAGUGACAGAUAGGCUUCCAUUGCAUGUUCCACUAAAAUGAAGACCAGCUCCCAAUAAUUAACACUGCAUGAAAAUAUUAUUACAAAUACACCCUGAAGUUAGGAACACAGUGUGUCCAGAGUUUUUCUAGUUUGGAUCAGAUAUAAAACCUAAGUUUCAAUUGAAGUUAAUGAGCUGGAAGCAUUUGUCUCCUUGAAACCUUGGGGUGGCCAUUUUCUUACUCCAGUAGGUAUACACAUGGAUAGUUUGUGUCAACUGAAUGCAACAUGUUUUUUCUGGUCAGGGAUUUGGGCUGCAUUAGAUUGGUUAUGACAUAACUCAGCUAAGGAGCAUAUUAAUUAGUGUCCACUGUUGUCUGUGAGGCUUAAUUAGUGUUUUUAAGUUCUCUAAGUGUGUAGCUAGAAAACACACUUAGAUAUGCAAAGUAUUUGUUAUAAUGGUGAUGACUUUUAUCGGUGAACUCUUUUCUCACCCUGGGACUGGUUUAUGAGGACACUAGUGCAGCACUGUCCCUGCAUUCUCUGAAUCCUUGCCUAUUCCUCUCUUUCCUGAGUCUAGGUCUCUGUUUUUAACCACAUGGGGUGAGAAGGCCAGAGUGUUGACAGGAAGCUGUGUAGCCUGGAGACAGAGUGCUCUCAUGGGCAUAAUCGCUCACAAAACUUUUCAGGGGACCGGGAGGUUAGCGCACUUCCUUCACAGAGAACAGGGGCCCAGGUGUGCAGUCAUGUGGACAGAAGGCUGGGAACAUCUCAGUCCUUGUGCCUCGAAUAGGAAACACCUUAGCUAUGCUGAAGGGCUCCUUCUAGCACAGGAGCACCGGGAGAGAAGCAGGCUCACUACAGUCACCUAUGCUUAUUCUGCAUAGUCACUUAGAGCUUAUUAUGAUAUGGUAAAUCAAUAAAUGUUUUGGUGGUACACAAUGUGUUCUGUAACCAUACGGCUGAAAGGGCCUUCCAGGAAUCACCCAGUCUAUUUCUCUGCUUCCUGUAAAGAUUUGUCUAAGCAACUAUUUUAAACAUAUGGCUGUUCUCGCUAUACUUAAGAUCAUCUAUGCGGAGCAUAUUUUAAAAAGCAUUAUUGAAAACUAUCUCCUUUCUUAUUCAGUAAUUGUAACAGGGCCCAAGACAAGAACUGUAUAUACAUUCAAUGUGUCAGAAGAAUAACAAACUCUUUCUCGGUUUUAUGAUUUUACUUAGUGAAAAAGUAGCCGUUUAUGUUGUCACAAAUGUCACAAUGAAGAAUAUGCCAGAGACUCAUAUAUCACAGACAGGAUGUAAACUACUGUUUUCAUAUAAUCUAAAUAUAUCUUUGAAACUAUA